AUGCUUGCGGGCGCAUUCGCAGGUGUUGCGGAACACUCGGUGAUGUACCCCGUCGACUUGCUCAAGACCCGCAUGCAGAUCGUCAACCCGUCGCCGAGCGCCAUGUACAGCGGUAUCUCGAACGCCAUGGUCACUAUAUCUAGGGCGGAGGGCUUCUGGUCACUGUGGAGGGGACUGUCGAGCGUGGUAAUGGGCGCAGGUCCCGCGCAUGCCGUCUAUUUUGCAUCCUACGAAGCUACAAAGCACGCCCUCGGUGGCAAUGAGGGAGAGAGCCACGAACACCAUCCCCUCGCGGCAGCUGCUAGCGGUGCCGCGGCCACCAUCUCCAGUGAUGCGCUGAUGAAUCCCUUUGACGUCAUAAAACAACGCAUGCAAAUGCACGGUUCCGUCUACAAGUCCGUCCCUCAAUGCGCCCGAGAGGUUCUCCGCACUGAGGGCGUGGGCGCAUUCUACGUCUCAUACCCCACUACACUGUGUAUGACGGUGCCGUUCACCGCACUCCAAUUCAUGGCCUACGAAUCGAUGUCCAAGGUCAUGAACCCGACCGGCCGCUACGACCCCUAUACGCACUGCUUCGCCGGAGGUAUCGCCGGAGGAUUUGCAGCGGGGCUCACAACUCCCCUCGAUGUCAUCAAGACGCUAUUACAAACACGCGGCAAUGCUCGAGACGCAGAAUUGAAGAAUGUCUCCGGCCUAAUCCAGGCAGCUAAGAUCAUCCAUCAAAGGGAAGGAUACAGGGGAUACUUCCGUGGUCUGAAACCUCGAAUCAUCACCACCAUGCCAAGCACGGCAAUUUGCUGGUCCGCAUACGAGAUGGCCAAGGCUUUCUUCAUUCGGAGGAGCACCAACUCAUCCACGGCCAUAUAA